UGUGCUUUGUAAGCUGUGGGUGUGACUCAAUUUCCUCACAGCCACAUAAAAAGGUUGCCACCCAAUCACUGUUUAUUUCUUUCUGUCCCAAACCCCUCCCCUUGGACUUUGGCUGAGAGACCCUAGGAGAGCCUGCCCUUUCUGGACUUUGCAAACUGACAUAUAAAAGCUGUUAGUUGCUCCUGUAACCAGCAGCAUUCAAAUCUUACAGGCUUUUGCGCUCUCAGAGCUUGUAACAAUCAUACUCCUCUUAGAAGAGUUCAUGCUACAACAUAACAAAGAAACUUACCUUGUUGGAGGAGCAGUGUAUUCAUUUUGGCAUUGUGCAGAGCAAAGCAAACCUGGAGGACUUCUCCAUCCCUGAAAAUGGUAAUGAUCUCUGCAGUCAACCUUGUGAUCCUUUUGUCCCUUCUCUGUGAAGCACGCACUAUCGUCUUACUAAAUUUCACUGACUCAUCUCUGCCAGCCAAUAACUUCUCUGAUAUUGAAGCCACCCUCAGCGUACCAGUACUGUCUGUGGAUAUCCCCAAAGCCAGGCGGAAGCGCUACAUUUCUCAGAAUGACAUGAUCGCCAUUCUUGAUUACCAUAAUCAAGUUCGGGGCAAAGUGUUCCCACCAGCAGCAAACAUGGAAUAUAUGGUCUGGGAUGAAAAUCUUGCAAAAUCAGCUGAGGCAUGGGCAGCAACUUGCAUUUGGGACCAUGGACCUUCUUACUUGCUGAGAUUUUUGGGUCAGAAUUUGUCUGUACGAACUGGAAGAUAUCGCUCUAUUCUCCAGUUGGUCAAACCAUGGUAUGAUGAAGUGAAAGAUUAUGCCUUUCCUUACCCUCAGGACUGCAACCCUCGGUGUCCUAUGCGCUGCUUUGGGCCCAUGUGCACUCAUUAUACACAGAUGGUUUGGGCCACUUCUAAUCGAAUAGGAUGUGCAAUUCACACCUGCCAAAACAUGAAUGUCUGGGGAUCUGUGUGGCAACGAGCAGUGUAUUUGGUCUGCAACUAUGCUCCAAAGGGCAACUGGAUUGGAGAAGCACCGUACAAAGUUGGAGUGCCAUGUUCAUCUUGUCCCCCGAGUUAUGGUGGAGCCUGUACUGACAAUCUGUGCUUUCCAGGGUUAACAACAAACUACCUGUACUGGUUUAAAUAAGCUUUUCUUUUUCCCCUCAGAGGGGAUAC